CCAAAAAUUUCGGUUCCUGAAAAAUGAAAAUAAAAUGCCGCCCAAACCCACAUUUGAAAUCCUUCAUAUUUUCGGCUUUUCGCCAUUCUCGUUGAGCUCUCUCUCUUUAUCAGCCAGCCCGAGCCGCUUAACUUCCUGUUCCCAGUCCAUUUUGCAUUCAUCAAUCAAGGGUUUGACACAAUGCCGGAAGCCAGAGAUCGAUUGUCGAGGCCGGUGGAUGUCGCCGAGAUUUACCGAAGGCGGGUGACAGGAAUUGGGGAAGGAACGCACAUGGAGGAGGGCGGAAUCCUUCAUCCUCAUAGAGAUGACGUGGAUGAUCUCAGCGUCGGAAGUCCGUUCAGGUGGGGAGCUACUGGACUGACCGGGGCUGUCGGAGCAGGAAGUGCGGCGGCGGCGGCGGCAGGUGGCGUUGGGACCCCGAUUAGGAAUAGGAGGUCUCCUUAUAGGGCGACGCCAAGCGCGAGACGUGGGCGCGGAUCGUCGGCCAGGGUGAUUGGUCGAGAGAACAUUUCACACACAGGCCGGCGGCUAGUUCGAGCUCGCGGUGGCGUCUUGCCGUCAUGGUAUCCGCGGAGGCCAUUACAAGAUAUUACCUAUAUCACAAGGGCCUACCAAAGGAGAAGAGAACGCUUGAGAGAAGGAGAAGAGGUAGAACCAGGGACGCCAUUGCUCCGGGAUCAGACUGCUCUUGAUCCUACAAUAGCCACUCCUAGUGCUCAGCUUGAGCACAAUCCUAUUACUCCAUUUCCAACCCUGAGAAGCAGGCUGUGUCCUCCUUCUGUUAUUGACAAACUGCCCAAGAUUUUGAAUGAGGUUAAGGAUCAGAAUGCUCAAGAUUGGGAGUUUUUGACACCUGAGAAGAAACUCCUCAACUCGAUAGACACAGUGGAGAAAGUAUUCAAGGAGGAGCUUCAAAAGCUACAAAGGACUCCCAGUGCCAAGAAGGCUGAAAGGGAGAAGAGGGUGAAGACUCUCAUGUCCAUGCGUUGAUUUGUACCAUCAACCUGCACUUAUCUGCCUCAAUCAAGAUUGAGGCACGAAGGGUUUUGGAGGAAAGAACUUGUUAUCUGCCUCAAUCAAGAUUGAGGCACAAAGGGUUUUGGAGGAAAGAAGCAUGAGCAGCUGAGUUCGGGGCAUGAUUGAUCAUCUUCUUAUGAUCAAUCUUGGUUUCUUAUACUGGUGUAAAUUACAAUCGAUAUUGACCACUUAGCAAUUUCUGAUUUUUCCUUAUGCUUUCUAGAUUUUUUCUUUCUUCUUAUUGAACUCCUUUAAGCAUGUUUAGCCUUUAGCAAACUCUUGAAUCAGGUAUAAUAGAAUGCUAGUUGCAGCAAAUUCUUUCCCUUGAUAGUAGUUCACUAGUUCUUGCUGGUUA